GAAUGAACACGUAGCUGUGAGGAAUUCAGAGGGAACUUUCUACUUGUGCCAAGUUGCCCAGAAUGUCUUCAAGAAUACACGCAAGAUCAAGAUCCGAUGGCUAUCCCCGGAAGAUCCUGACAAUAAGAAUUGCCAAGUGUAUAAGCCAGAUUAUUAUGACAUCACAGACUUCGAUUGCAUCUUGACCACAGUAGACCUUGAACGUGUGGACCGCAAUACACUGAAGUUAAAACCAGAGGAACAGAGCCGCAUUAACAACAUUCUCCAGCGGGCAAUGGACCUUGAAUUGGGAGUCCUGGGAGACAAGCCAAGUGUGGAUGAGGAUCACCCUGAUGGUUUGGAUCUCUCCCUGUACACUGAUGAAUCUCAGUUGAAGAAGAGGAGGAAGAGGGCAGCGAGUAACAAGAAGAGGAAAGAAGAAUCUUCGUCUGGAGAGAGUGGAGUGGAGUCUGAGGAUGAUGACGAGAGUAACAAGAGUGACAGAGAAGAAGAAAGUCCCAAGAAGGUAGCACGGACGCCUGCGAGACGUAACCCAAGAGGUGGGGCAAAAACGCCAGCCAAGGGGAAGGUUGCCACUCCUGCAUCAUCGAAAACCAAGACCCCCAGAUCUGGUCGCACUGCCACCCCCAAGACUGCCUCAAAAGCUGCAGCCUCCAAGAGCACCCCUAAGGCGACCCCCAAGUCAGGUCGACGGGCUACUCGCAAGUAACACGAGGUGAAUUCUGAGACGUCGGAGGGAGAGGAAAAAGUGCGACAUGUGCGCAAGAAGAGCGCACUUAAUGACCUGACUACAUGCAUAAGGCUGAUGAUGUUAGAGAAAUAGCAACUCGUCCAAUUUUCGGAUUAAGGAAAUUCAUUAAAGUUGUAUUGUGCGAGCCUUUAUGCAUAUUACUUUCGAAGAAAAAAAUAAAAAACAAAAAAUAAGGGAAAAAAAGCAGAAGAGGCAUUUUGUAUAUGAGCAUUCAAAACAUAACCUGUAACCCCUCCCCACCCCUUAACCCAUUCCCUCUCAUCAUCUCUGUUUCUCUCUCUCCCACUUACCCCUCCCCUCUCCCCAUCUCCCUAAUUGUUUUACGGCUCGUAUCAUUUGCUUGCAUUUAAAUUUUUUUUUUAAUGUUGCCCUCCCCACCUGAUGCCCUCCCAUCCCCCUACCAAUUUUUAUUUCUGUUUUUCUUUAUAUAUAUAUAAUUUACAAAAUGCUAUUCAUUGUAGAUAUGAAUGGUACAUCCUUUGUAGAAGUGAGAGUGAGAGUGAGUGUGAAAGUGUGUGUACAAAAUAUUUGAGGGUAAAUGUAGUUGGUUUGAAUUAAUGGAAAGAUAGGUUAUGUUCGGAGUACAUAUUAAUGUUUCAUCUAUUGUAUAUGUAUAAUAGUUCUCAAUGUACAACUCAAACUUUUCUCUUUUUUUUCUAUUUUUUUUUUAUAUAUAUAUAUACCAUUAAAGCAUGGCAUUCCCUCUCCCUUGUUCCCACUCCCCCAACAAAUUUCAGGUCCAAAUUAUUUGUUAAAAAUGUAAAUCUCUGCUCAACAUAAGAUAAACUUUCGGAAUGCAUCCACCCAAUGUAAAUGAAGUAGAAGUUAUUAAUUGUAAAAAAUAAAGCCCAUUUAUAUUUCGUAUGAUUAAAGUUAUGCAGCUAUGCAUAAGGUUUUAUGCACUUUUAUGUUUUCUUAUUAUGUUUUAUCAACUUGUUUAAUUUUUUUUUAUAUUUUGGCUGAUACAAAGUUUGAGUUUGUAUAGUUUCUUACUAAAUAUCUCAAUACAAUUGGUUUUUUGCCAUUACUCUUUAUUACACAUGUCAAAUGGAAAUAUCUUAUUUUUUGAAGUGAAAAAUGCAAUAUUUUGCUACUGUUAAUGCACGAUUACUACUUGCACUUCAGUAUUGAGCAAUUGGUUAAGGAAGUUCUAAGCAGUAGCAUAGUUCUGCCUCAGCCCUCUACUCUGAAGGUGUAUUUGCCAUCCCUUACUAAACUGUCAAUGAAGUUGGCUGGUUGGUAUUAUCCAGCAGCAAUGUUACUUCAUUGGAAGAUUACUACAUUGUAAAACAAAUAUACCUUAGACGAGAGUAAGAGAUAAGAUGUAGGAGAGGACCACCAGCCCCAUAAUGCUGUUUGCCUACACUCAAAAGAGGGGUAGAGGGCGGGACAAGGUAGCCUGUACAUAGUAACAUGACCUGUAACAUUGAUGUGUUGUCUUGAUUGUAGGUGUGACAUGAAUGCUGUUUUCGAUACAAACUAUACUGGGCCGUAAUUAAUGAAAAAGAGUGAGUGCUGUCAGUUGAGACACAGUAUUGUACCAUUUUAAUGACUUGGUUUGUCUGUCAUUGUCAUUAAUACCAAUGGUAGAAGAUUACAUUGUAACUAAUGAUAAUAGAUAUCUCAAGGUAAAGGAUAUUGGACUGGUUACAUUACCCCCUUUUUUUUAAGUAAAAGAAAUCUUGAGGCAUAUCAUGACUCGGGAGCUGUGCUAGGUGUGAGUGCUUUACUGUGGGAGAAGACAACCUGAUUUACGUUAAUGCUUGUUUAUCAUUUCAAAGUAAAAUUUUCACAGGUGAGAAAGUUUUAAAAACAGAUAGUGCUUGAAAAGGGUAUAUCCUCACUGGAGAGUUAAAAAGUAGAACAUUGAAAUAAUAAUAAUAGCCCAGAUAAUGUAAUUUUUUUUCUCUCUUGAAACUUCACCACCUGGAGAGCUCAUGCCUGUUUUCCAUUGGUAUGUUAAUAUAACUGGCUUCAGAACACUGUGAAUGAAAAUGACUGUGUUCGUUGAUAGUGUUUGAAAAUAUUAAAUGGCAACAUUACUAUGUGACAAGUUGCUUUUGUAUCAUGUUCGAUCACUUUUAUACAAAUCUUACUGACUUUAAGGGUAUUUGUAAAGAUUCAGUGUACAUCCUUUCUAGUGCAAACUUGUUAGGGACUUUAGACUAUACGGACUAAGACAGUAUGGAGUUCGUUUGAGCAUGAUUUACAAAUAAUUUUAUCAGUUGUAUUUCACUAGGAUGGGAGUUUUCCUUGUGAUCAUUACAAAAAUCCUAACUGUUGCCAUAUACUGACCCAUUUUUCUCUGUGUGGUCUUUUAAGCAAGUGUCAUGCUCAGACUAUGCUUCACUUGUUAGGAAGAGUGGACUGAAAGAUAACUUUUUUCUUAAGUGUUGUCCCCGUUGUGAGACACCUUUUGACAGACUGCAGUUAUUUUGAGCCAUUUGCAGGAUUGAAGGAAUAUAAAACCAAGAAAAAAGUAAAAAAAAUAAAUACAAAAAACAAAAAAAAACAUUGGAUAUGAAAUGAUAGGGAAUGAUAUUGUUACAUGAUUUCAAGGCUCUCUUUUGUAGACGUUCACAUUUGGUAAGAUAUGUUGAGCAAAACUGCCAUGUGUAGAAUAACUGACAAUUUUGAUUGACAGGGUUUGCACUGUAGCCAAGAGCAUUUGGUUUAUGGAUUUGCAGUUUGGAAAAUAACUUAUUUUAGACAUUUUAUAUAAAUGUGUUUGUUAACCUACUCAAAAAAAAAAGGAAUAUCACCCAAGUUGUGUAAAUUAUGCUUUCAAUAGUUGCUAUUAAAGAUUAUUUUGAGGAAAACAAUAUAUUUUUGAAUGGCAAGAAAUCCUUUUUCAAAACAUGAACACUGAUGAAGGCUAUAGUGAUUGUUGCCAUGUGACGAGAUCAGCCACUUUGAGUCUUGGGUAAAUAAAAGAGUUUAUUAGGAUAUAUUUUCCUUCACUUUUUGGUGAGGGAAGCAAUUAUGUUCGUCAUUUAGAAAAAAAACAAAAUGCAUAAAAAAAUCCAAAGGUGACGAAGUACGGAGACUGACCUUAGUAUGUAUAAUCAUAGGGGUGCAAUUUUUUUUGCAAUUUUAAGAAUAAAAACUUAUUAUAUACAAUCAAUCAAGGCUCAAUAAAGUUUAUGUCGUCAACAUUUACUUUAUGAAUCCUCAAUCGAUAUGUGUGACACAACCUACAUGAUAAGAUGACUGAUACAAGGUACUGUCUGUAUGCUUCACUAAAAUAGGCUCUACUAUGGUUAUAUUUUGAUAUUCUGUUCACUUGCAAAUCUGUCAUCCGGAAUGUUGUGAUUAUUCAGUUAGCAAAACUAUUUGGACACAUGCAAUUAGGAAUGCCUGAGUUAUUCUUUUACAACAGACCAUUUUCACAAUUUUACAUACAGUAAGUAGGUCACAUUGUAGCAAUGUGCCAUUGUUUUCAUAAGUAAAUAUCAUUGUACAAA